AGAGUCUGGAGAGGAAAAUGUGGCCCCUCCGUGUCGCCCUCCUGUUCCACCUGUCACUCUCCUUCCUCCACUUUUCACUCUCAGACUCAGUCUCGUCGGCGGUACUGGGCUCCAGCGCUGAGCUGAUCUGCCAGUUCACUCCAGUAGUCGAUGCCAAGAACGUGGAGAUCCGAUGGUUCACUCGCUCAUUCCGCCCCUACGUGCAUCAGUAUAAGAACGGGGAGGACAAUUACAGGGAACAGAUGGAGGAAUUCCGGGGCAGGACAGAGUUCCUUAAACAGGACAUCACCCAGGGGGUCGGAACCUUAAUCAUCAGUAACGUCACCCUGGGCGACGAGGGGCGAUACAGUUGCUUCUAUGAGUUUGACAAUCGCCAGGGGGAGGUGCACGUGGAGCUGAAAGUCGCAGCCAUGGGCCUGAACCCUCUAAUAUCAAUAGAAGAUUACCAGCAAGGGGAAAUAACCCUGAAGUGUGAGUCGAGCGGUUGGUAUCCGGCGCCCGUGGCCACGUGGCUGGAUGAGUCCGGGAACAACAUGAAAUCCUCGGUGGAGAUAAAUAAUAAUGAAAACACCGGCCUGUUCCACGUGAAAACUGCUCUGCUGAUAGCGAGCGACUCCAAGGUCUCCUGUCACGUGCGCAACGACCUGCUCGGAACCGGAAAAGAAUCCUCUGUCCAGUUUGCAAGUUCCUUUUACUGGAGAGUGGAUCGCAGUGGCAUCUCCCGCUUUAUCAUGAUGGCUGCCAGUGUAGUGGUCAUGGUCAUUGUCAUCGUCGUUACUCCCAUAAUAACCAUCCGCUUCCAGAGAAUAAAGAAACUUCAGUCUGAACUCGGAUCACUGAAAUCUCAAGUGGCAAAAUUUUGGGAGCGAGUGGACGGAGCCUGGUGUAAAGUGGAUACACGUUUGGGCCAAGUCGGUGAGGACCGUAACAGAAUAAAUAUCAUGAAGAAUUGUCUAUGUUCAAAUAAAGUGUCGGUGACGCUCAACAGAGAGACGGCCCCCGCUGAGCUGCAGGUGGAAGAGGGCGGGAAGAGUGUUCUGAGACCGACCCCACUGGAUCCCAAACCUGAGAACAUGAAAGAAGGAUUUGACACUUGUGUGAUUGGGGCAGAGAGAUUCACGACGGGCAAACACUGCUGGGAGGUGCAAAUCAAGGACAGGUUUUGUAGCAUUGGGGUGACACAAGGCCCCCAGCAGUCAGUGGUUGCUAUGCAACUGUAUGACCUGAGCCAUAAGAUCCAACUGGGCUUAGAGAGAGAUCAGACUUACCGGCUCUACGUGCUGCUGGACUACGAGGAGGGGAGUGUGACGGUAUUUAGGGCUGACACUUUAAUGUAUAUCACUGAGAAGAAACAAUUCACUGGCGACGUUUAUCCCUUCUUUGAGGUGCUGAGUGACCAGCCAAUUACUAUGUGAGUUAGUCCAGAGUAGCAACUAGGGAUGCGCCGAAUCCAGGAUUCCCUUUGGGAUUCAGUCAGGAUUCUGACUUCUUCAGCAGGAUUCCGAUUCAGCCGAAUUCUUGUGCCUGUCCAAACCGAAUCCUGAUUUACAUAUGCAAAUUAGGUGUGGAAGGGAAGGCACGUGACUUUGUCUCAAAACAAGGAGGCAAACAUUUUUUCACAUUUUCGUUUUCCCACGCCUAAUUUGCAUAUGCAAAUCAGGAUUUGGUUUGGUAUUCAGCUGAAUCUUUCACAAAGUAUUCAGGAAUUUGACCGAUUUCAAAAUAGUGGAUUUGGUGCGUCCCUAGUAGUAACCCAUAGCAACCAAUGAACAACAUGCUGUAAUCAACAUGACUAAAUUCUGAUUGGUUACUUCUCUGAUUUGACAUUUACACGUGUUCUGUAAUUGGUUUCAGUUCCAUGUUUCUCAGAAAUACACAGAACAACAUGAGGGAGUAACUCACUGUGAGUAGAGAACAUGCUUUCUCAUUCCGUGGGAGCUGCCAUACUGCAUUGCUUUCCCUCCGCUGAGAUAUUUUCAUUUAUUUCUGUUUAACCACUAGGACUGUGUGUUGGUAUUGUAGGCAAACAACAUGGCAGCUCCAACUCACAUAGGAAAAGAAUGUUCGACAUUCACAAAAGGCACGCGCUAAUUAUUAGAUGGAGUGUAUGAUGUAAGACAGCCUGGUCGAAUCAUUUUGCAGUCUUUUCACAGACUGGUGAUGAUGUCACACAUCAUGGCUGCUGUCUGCAAUUUAUUUGCAAACAUUUAUUUCGCUUUAACUAUUUGUUACAUGUGAACUUGCUGCUGAAGUUUUGGGCUUCUUCUUGCAGGAUCCUGUGUGGGUAUUAAUGCUGUAUGUCGGGGUGAUGCUGCGGGUUGUUCACCUUUAAAUUAACUUUCAGUAUGAUAUAGAGAGGGAUAUUCUGAGUCAAUUUGCAAUUGGUUUUUAUUUUUUAUUAUUUGUAGUUUUUGACUUAUUUAGCUUUUUAUUCAGCAGCUUUGCAGUUUCAGUGACCUGGUUGCUAGGGUGCAAAUUCCCCUAGCAACCAUAAAUUGAUUUGAUCAAGAGACUGGAAUAUAAAAAGGAGAGAGUCUGAAUAGAAUGAUAAGUAAUAAAAAGUAGCAAUAACAAUACAUUUGUAGCUUUACAGAGCAUUUGUUUUUUAGAUGGGGUCAGUGACCCCCAUUUGAAAUCUGUAAAGAGUCAGAAAAAGGCAGAUAAUUAAAACAAAUCUGGUUGCUAGGGUCCAAAUUCCCCUAGCAACCAUAAAUUGAUUUGAUCAAGAGACUGGAAUAUAAAAAGGAGAGAGUCUGAAUAGAAUAAGUAAUAAAAAGUAGCAAUAACAAUACAUGAUUUAGCUUUACAGAGCAUUUGUUUUUUUAGAUGGGGUCAUGGGGUCAGUGACCCCCAUUUGAAAUCUGUAAAGAGUCAGAAAAAGGCAGAUAAUUAAAA